CUUCAUCAGAAAUAAAUGCAACCGGUGGCUCAGUAGGCCAAGUAAGAAACCGGCCUUUUGAUCCGAUACAAGCUGUGGGAGCCAAAGCUAGAAAACAAGGAGGUGGGCAUUGAAACGGUGGGUAGGAAGGAACCAGGAGAAGGCAAAUCCGAAGAUCAGAAACUCGCUUCAUAUUGCAUGUGUCAUGCGUCAAGAUCGGCGGAACUCCAGGUGUUUUGAGUCGUAACAAUAUCAACCAAUAUCCUGCGCGCAUCUACAGAUUUCUCAAAGAUGAGACCAAAGAUUUAUCUCUAUGGUGACUCUAUAACAGAAGAGUCCUUCGGUGAUGGUGGCUGGGGUGCCUCGCUCAGUCACCAUUUCUCUCGCACGGUUGAUGUGGUGCUAAGAGGGUACAGUGGGUAUAAUACCAGGUGGGCUCUUAAGGUGGCAGAGAGGAUAUUUCCGCCGGUGGAAAGUGGUGGUGUACCGCCAUUGGCUGUUACGGUGUUUUUCGGUGCUAACGAUGCUUGCCUUCCCGAUAGAUACUCUGCCUUUCAACACGUGCCACUCCAUGAAUACAAGCAGAACCUUCACUCUAUCAUCUCAUUUUUCAAGAAGCGUUGGCCAGAGAUUGUCAUUCUCCUCAUUACUCCUCCUCCGAUUGAAGAAGAUGCACGCGUCCGACAUCCAUAUAUAGAGAACCCAUCAGGUCUGCCUGAGAGGACAAAUGAAGCUGCUGGUGCUUAUGAUCAGGCAUGCAUGUCUGUCGCCAAAGAAUGUGGAUGCCCGGUGGUAGAUCUCUGGAUCAAAAUGCAAGAAUGUCUUGACUGGAAGAAAGCUUAUCUAAGUGAUGGUUUGCACCUCACUCAGGCUGGCAAUAGGAUUGUGUUUGAGGAGGUGGUCAAGAAGCUGAAGGAGCAGGGCAUUUGUGUGGAAAAUUUGCCAGUUGAUCUCCCACUCAUCGCCAACAUUGACCCUCAAGAUCCACUAAAAGCAUUCCAGGAUUAUUAACAUCAGCUCAUAUGUCAAGCAAGGUCUUUUUUUUUUUCUUCUUCUCUUUUGAGCAGGGUGAUAGACUAAGGUUGCGAUCAUUUUGUGAAAGCAAUUCUGUAUACGGUGUAACUCACUCUUUAAUUCCAGUGAAUGUAGACAAUGAAUGCUAUAGCUCUUUAUUUUGUUGACUUAG